AUGGAUCGGGAGCACACCGUUGUCGCCUUGCUGUCACAAAAUGAUCAACUCUUGCAGGAAAAUGAUGUGCUGAAGUCGGUGCUAGAUGUAGUCAGGGAAAACAGAGACCUGAGAGUGAGGAUGCAACGGCCCGACAACAGCGCUCGUCAGGAAUUAGCAGAAUUCACUUAUAAUGACUUUAAUAAUUUGCCCUCAGGAAAACUUCCAUUCGGUCUGAGGCACGACACCCUCACCGAGAGACAAUUCAGAAAAGACUUGCAACAAACCACGGUCAGACACGAACAGCGGACCUCAUCGCCUGUCGACUUCAAGUCUUUCAUCCAAAAUUCGGUGCACAUAGAUGAGGGCGCAGAGUCUCAACGUUGCCAGGUGGACCCAGCUCAUGAGGUCAAAGGUCCAGACAGGCUGCUGGGAGAGAUUGCCUUCCAGCUGGACAGAAGGAUCCUGUUCUAUAUUUUCCAGGGCCAGAGGAGACUGUACGGCUUCACACUGCUUAACAUCCCGUCUAAGAUCAUAGAGGUGAGCACCCAUCCACUGACAGGGAAGGUAGAUGAAGGCUAUCGGCUUCAUCUCACUCAGAGGCAUGUUGACCUCAUGGAGAGGUUGAACCAGCUCGGGUACAAACCGACACUUCAUCCUCCUUUCAUUGAGCUGAUUGUCAACACCUACGGGAUCCUGAAUGAGAGGCCUUUCCAGUACAGCACCCAGGCAACCAACUACAAUAAUCCAGACUUUUUGAGGACGCUGAUAGAGACCACAGCGCCGACAAAACUUCAGAAGGAUCUGCUGCUUGUGCUCGACUGCCUCUGCAAAAUGGCCGAGAUGGAUGGAAAGCCUCUCCUUCUCUGGUAGACACGAGCGUAUCCAAGGACCAGUGAUGCUUAAGCUGCCCACAAACUGGAAAUAAAGAGCGAUGAAUAAUACAGCAUGAUAGAUGUUGUGUUACUAUGAUUUACUGCACUCAUUUUAUAGAUGGUAAAGCCAAAAUACAUUUGCUUAUUUAUAUACACUUUGCAAAUAUGCACGGUGAGACUUAACAGCCAGUUUUAUUGAAGCCACAAAGACAUGAAGUAUUCAGUCACUCUUAAACUGAUUUAAUGUUCAAACAAAAAGGACAUCAUGUUAAAGGACAUCUUAGAGUGGUUUGUUAUUUCAACCAAUAUUCAAUAAUACACUGUGGCAGUAUUGGUACUGUCUAGUAUUCAUAUCAGCCUGUGAAAGACUGAUGCCUGCUAAGCAUAAAGGGCGUAGUGGACUGUAUUCACCAAGCCAUGGAUCAUGAGAUAAGUGAGUUUGUCACGCCUAAUAAUCAAACUGCAUUGCCAUAUUGUUUCAGUUCAUGUGGGCGGCAAUUCAGACAUCUGGAACCAGGCUGUUAUGGACAUCCAUUUAGUCAAAUUGCUUUUUAAUUGAGAUGAGUCGAGGGUUAGAGUAAUAUCACUUGGGGGACUAAAAGCUACCAUCAGGAGUUGGUUAAGGGCCUUCCCGCUUUCUCACUCUAAUAUCUCAUUGUUCUGGCAGGUGAUGUAGUGCUUAUUACUCAUUUAUUCAUCAGCAGUAACAUUACUGUAGGCUACACAUGCUGGAACAUACUGUGGGGUAAAAAAAUCCUUCCUCAGGCCAGCUGCAUUAGAUUUUUUACUCACACUGGCUGUGUUUCUAAUAAAGAUGAUACAGUUAGUCAGAGUUUAGUGUGAAAAAAGGUUUACUGUGAGUCUUCAAAGAUUACAUACAAAACUGAGCUGAUCCCAGGAGCAGACUGUCUAAGUAUUGCAUUCAUCUUUUAUGCUGCUCUCAUUCCCCUCCCAUCGUGGGCCCAGCUGAAAAAGCUCUUCUACCCUGAUGCUCUCUGAUUUAUUUUCCCUCCUCUUGCCACCAUUGUUUCUUCAUAUUCUGUGUACCAGCCUGUUCCUGAUACCGUUGUUACUCAUCUUUGUAACAUCAUGACA